GUUACAGAUCUGAAAAUCCAGCCAUUUUCACUUUCCCUUUUAAAACCCAACAGUCUCAUCAUAUCAUAUCAUAACGACAGAGUGAGAAGAAGAAGAAGAAAAAGAAUGGGAAAUCAAAGAAAUUGUCCUAGAAUGAGAAGCAAAGAAGAAGAUACUGAAGAUGGCGGCGGCGCUGUCGUCGUGGUUUCAGCUUCACCGCAGCAUUACGAACAGAUUAGGGAACAAAACCCCUCGCCCUCAGAUCAAGAAAAUUCCAAUACCAUCAAUUCAACCUGAAAGACGUUCUUCCAGAAUAAUGACCCUGCCUCCGGUUGACUAUGGUUCAAAGUGACCUCGUGCACCGCAUCAACAACAUUCGUCAUCAAGUAAGAAAAAGAAGGAAUUGGAGAUUUAUAUAGCAGAAGGUACAAACCCUGAAGUUUACACUGAAGAGCAUGAGAAGCUUCUGGGAGAUUGUGAGACUAAUUGGGAAUUGUAUGUGGAUGGAUAUGAUGAGGAUGGGGAUCGCAUAUAUUGAUUAAUUCACUGUGCUCUCUGAUAUAUAUAUGAUCUCUCCAUUACAUGGUUUGUUAGUUUCUAUGUAUGCACGACUAUUUAUUUUGAAACAAGGAAUCUGAUAAAUGUAUUCUUACAAACAAAGAAGUGAAAGGCAUAAAGUUGGCACAUAAAUUCUUCUAUGUUACUUGUUUCUCUCUGACCAUAGAGAAUUUUUACUAAAAUCAUUUGUUUUCUUGUAGGCGUAUAACUAUUAGUCGGCUGACGAAUUGCAACAAAUGCGAAUUACCCCAAGGGCAGCUCUGUGGAGAUUUCUUGUACACAAGAUAUGGAGAAAAUGUGAGAGAAGCCGAUUUCAAUCCCAUGUGAACUUGCCCUUGUUGUCGAGAAAUUUGCUUUGCAACUGGAAUAGUUGCUGUAGGAAAAAUGGUUGGAUGCCUACUGGUAAUAUAUACAAUAAGGUGGUGAAAUUGGGUUUCAAAUCUGUUACUCAUUAUCUGAUUAAGACCCGUCGCUCUGAGGAAAGCAUUGAAGGCUCGGGUGCUGAAAAUGUUGUUCAAGAAAUACCAGAGACCACUCUAGAUACGACACAGAAGGGACAAAUUCGGACGAGAAGGGCUCUGAGAAGUUAAAGGCUUAAAGGUGAUCAAAUGAAUGCAAAGGAUAUCAAUGAAUAGAAACAUAGUUUAAUGACUUUUACAUCUACAUGAAAAUGGUGAUACUUUGUUUUGGAUAUUUAGACAAGUUCUUAGUUUUCUUAUUUUUGUUAGAUAUGCAUACAAGCUCAGGCCAUUUAACGUAAACAGUUUGCAGCCAUGCACUGAGUUUUGAGAACAUUCUUGUGUCAUGGCUCUCAACUCUUGAGCAGUUUUACCGAGCAUUAUGGGCUGUGUAAAUAAAAAUAAAUAUUAUUGUAUUAGAUUUCUUGAUCUUAUUUCUUAUUUUUGUUAAGAAA